AAUAGGUCUUCAUUGUUUGAAUAUUGAAUUGAAACUUGAAUUAAAACAAAUAGAAAAUCCUUUAAACAUUUAAAAUAAGCUUGAUGACGUGUAUAUUCUGACAUUUAAAUUAUUUGUAAAUAUAUUAAACGAAAUUAAAAAUAGAUUGCUGCGUAAACAAACAUGAGAAAUAUUGUCCCAGAUUUUAUCAUAUGUUCAAUUGUAUUAAUAACAUUUUUAUUAGCUCAUUUACUUUCGUAUAUAAUUUUUGAAUUGAUCAACACAGAUUCGGAAGAGCCAAACUUUAAUAAACUACUAAUCGACCAACAAGGUGAUUUCGCAUUUGUCAUUCGACUUUUUGUAAACUGUCUUGGUUAUGCAUGUAUUUUCAUUCCGUUGUUAUUAAUUUAUAAAUAUAUAAAAAAGACAAAAUAUUUGGAACGGAAAGAAAGUGGAUUACUAUAUAGUUUGGUGAAGCUAUGUUACUAUGGCGAAAAACAGGACCGUUCUCAAAUAAAAGAUGCAGCAACAUCUAUCACCCAAGAAUGUUUAACAUUCCUUUACUGUUUUCUAGGCUUGAUGAUAUCAUUUCUAAUAUGGGGCGUGUUGCAAGAAAAAAUAAUGACGAUUGAAUACACUGGGAAAGAUGGGAAAACGAAAUCGCGUUUCAAUGAUUCGCAAUUCAUUGUUUUUAUUAAUCGCACUCUGGCGUUUCUAAUAUCUAGCAUCUACUUGUUCAUAAAAGGGCAUUCAUUGCACACCGCACCUCUUUUUAAAUUUUCAUAUGCUUCUUUUUCAAACAUAAUGAGUGCGUGGUGUCAGUACGAAGCAUUAAAAUUUGUUAAUUUUCCAACCCAAGUGUUAGUCAAAUCAGCUAAAGUAAUUCCUGUAAUGAUCAUGGGGAAAGUAAUUUCGCGUGCAAAAUAUGAAUUUCAUGAGUAUUUAACAGCUGUUAUGAUUUCCUGUGGAAUGGUACUUUUUCUUACCGGAAGUGCUGACGAGUCUAAACAUUCGCCCUCCACAACAUUGACUGGAUUAUUCUUGUUAACACUUUAUUUAAUAUUUGAUAGUUUCACUGCUAAUUGGCAAAAUCAUAUUUCAAAAACCUAUUCGAUGACAUCAAUUCAAUUAAUGUUUGGAGUUAAUUUAUUCAGUAUGAUGUUUACUUCAACAUCGCUUAUUAUUCAGGGCACCUUUUUUCAGUCUGUUGGAUUUGUUAAGGAGCAUCCAAAAUUUAUGAUAGAUUGCAUUACGCUUUCUCUUUGUGCUACAACUGGUCAACUAUUCAUAUAUUAUACGCUGCUUAAAUUUGGUCCGAUGGUAUUCACUAUUAUAAUGAGUUUACGACAAGCGAUCGCUAUAUUACUUUCGUGUCUUAUAUAUAAACAUAGAAUAACGAUAUCUGGAGUAAUUGGUAUAGUUAUUGUUUUCAUGGCUGUAUCAAUUAGAUUCUACGGAGGAUAUCGACUUAGACAAAUUCGACAAAAGGCUGAUUUGCUUAAAUUAAACUAUAAAUCACGAUCUGAAGUAUAGUUUAAGAAAACUAAAAGUUAAGACAACUAUAAAAUUUAUUUUUCAAUACACCAAAUGAAUAAAUUAACAUAAAACUUAUUUAAUG